AUGCUUACACUCCACGCUCAGACUAACCCACAACAAUUACGAAAUCCACAACUAAUAACGUUUUGCGCCGCAGAUAUGGUUGACAUCAACGAUAUCCCAUUUUACAAGACCUUAAAUCAAUUACGAGUGGGUUUCUCCACUUAUCCCAUUGUUGGCCGCAUUCUACGUUUGUGGGAGACACAAAAUAUUUGGAAGAAUGGUGAAAUCAUUGGACUAACAUUCUUACUAUUAGACGAGAAGGUUGAUGUAAUCAAUUGUUUUAUCAAUGUAAGACGCACCAGUCUAUACAAAAAUAUAAUACAAGACGGUCUCAUCUACUCAAUAAACAGGUUUUAUGUGACGCACUCAAACAACAAAUACAAGCUAACGCAUACUCCCUUCUCCAUCAGUUUUACCAACAAAACAAUGAUCUCCCAAAUAGUGGGAAACGUCCCUAAGAUACCAAUGCACAAGUACACGAUGCGCAAUUACAACGAUCUAAAAAGUUUAGCAAACACAAACAAAGAGCUUCCUGAUAUCGUUGGUCAAAUUCGCUUCGUUGAAGGUAUAGAGCUAAAUGAUCCAAACUCAACACGACCAAUAGUGCUCCGUCUUCGUAUGCAAAGGAAAUCGGUAGUACGAGUAGCGUUGUGGGAUAAUGUAGCUGCGAGUUUUCGAAAAGAUUUCGGGAUUGAGAAACUACAACGGUUUACCAUCUUGAUCACAAGCAUCAAUCCCAAGAUUCGUCAAGGAAACCUUCAAUUGGACUCAACAGCAGCAACAAGGAUUCUAAAAAAAGAGACGGCAGUCACGACCAAACAAAUCAGAAGACAGAUAAAGUCAAAACUCAACUCAUUGGCCAACUAUUAA